GUCGCCACUGUGCACAGGGCAACCACAAUGGCAACCCUGAAGAGAGGUGCGAUUGGAGCCCUGAGGCCUUUUGCAGAAACAGAUAUAGUCAGACUGGAGGAACGGAUGUUUUUUUCGCCAACCCUAUAAAAAAACAAAAGCGCGCCUGCUUUGGGCAAAUCUGAACGCGCGCCGGGAAACCACACAUUCUGCUUGGUUCUGGAAAAGCGUCCUUUCCCGAAGCAAGACGAGGCGCAGGCAGGAUCCGGCCACGCUGGCCCAAGCCCACUCUCGGCCUCUUGGAAGGGGGCUGAGCAAAAGACCCCGGAAAAGACGCUGGCUUCGGGGUGGGACUGGAGAACCUCUUCUUCCCCUUCUCUGGCAAGCAUCUAUCACAGAAAAUUAGUCACAACAACAUCUGCCUCGCGCCAUAAAAGGUCAAGAAAAGGAAUUGCAAAAACAGAGAGAGGGGGAAAAGAGGAGAAGCAGCAGCAGAAGAACGGGGAGAGGGAGGACAGAACCCAGAAAGGAAGGACGCCCAGGCGCGCGCGCGCAAAGUUUUCUCUCCGCGGAUCUCCUCUCUCGGCCGCCGAGCCUUUCGGGUCGCCAUUGGUAGUUCCGCGUGGCAAUCAAUACUUUGCAGCGGGGAAGGAAGCAACAAGCGCCGGCCGAGGAGGCUUGGCAGAGCCGGAGGGGAGGCGCGCCUGCCCUGCACAAAGCGCACGGGGGGCUCCGUUUGCGCCUCCUGCAGCCGUCUCUCUCUCUUUGCAGCCUCUAUUGUUUGUCCAGCGGGACUCCAGGGUGGGAGACUUCUCUUCCUCUCGGGAUUUGUGCAGAGUUUGCUGCAACUCCCCUUUGUCCUCGGCACGCUCUCGGCUCUCCGCCCCGUCCAGCCCUCUCUCCUCCAGGGCGCCCCCCAUCUCUCUCCGCUUCUGCAAGCCAGGGAGACUUCGGCAGUUUGCAAAGAGGGAGAAGGAGGCAUGGGGGGCCGGAGGAGGCUGAGCGAGGCCGGGCUGCGGGCCGGGCCGGGCUGCUGCAGGAGCUGGUCCUCGGAUCCGCUGGGCCAGGCGGCGCCGGCUUGGCUUGCGCUGCUAGUGCCGUUGUUGCUGCUGCUGCUGGCGGCUCACGGCCAGGAGGAGCCUUCGUGCAAAGGAGCCUACGACCUGUACUUCGUCCUGGACAAGUCACACAGCGUCAAGAACCACUGGUCGGAAAUUGUUAACUUCGUGAGGCUGCUGACAGACAGAUUUGUGAGCGACAAGAUGAGGGUCUCCUUCAUCGUGUUUUCCAUGCAAGCAACGGUCAUUCUGCCAUUAUCACAAGACAGGAAUGAAAUUCAGAGAGGCCUUGAAGAGUUGAGUAAUGUUAAGCCAGGAGGUGAAACGUACAUACAUGAAGGAAUAAAAGAAGCAAAUAAGCAGAUCAAGGAGGUCGGAGCCUUGAAGUCAAACAGCAUAAUCAUCGCUCUGACAGAUGGGCAAUUGCAAGGGUACAUACCGCAAUAUGCAGAAAAAGAGGCAGAGCUUGCCAGGGAUAUGGGAGCAAGAGUCUACUGCGUUGGAGUCCUUGAUUUUGACCAAAACCAGCUUGAAAGGAUAGCUGGUUUUAAGGAGCAAGUCUUCCCAGUCAAGGAAGGAUUCCAAGCUCUCCGGGGGAUAAUUAAUUCUAUCUUGAAGCAGUCGUGCCCAGAUAUAUAUCUGCAGCCAUCAAGCGUUUGCGUGGGAGAGGAGUUCCAGGUCGUUCUGCGAGGCUUCAUGUUGGGAAGGAAUGUGGACAAUGUCUUCUGCUCCUACGAGGUCUAUGGCAUGAAAAUUGAUGAAAGGCCCAUAGAGGUGGGAACUGACUUUAUCCUCUGCCCAGCACCUAUUCUCAAUGAAACUGGCCAAACGAUGGAGGUCUCCGUCAGUUUUCACCGAGGACAGUCUCCCCUUUCGAGUUCUUUGACUAUUACCGCAACAACAUGUGCAAAUGGCAUUAUUGCACUUAUAGUUAUCCUGGUAUUGCUACUGUUGCUGGCGCUUGCCCUCAUGUGGUGGUUUUGGCCCCUGUGCUGCAAAAUAGUCAUUAAGGAUCCUCCUCCCCCUCCACCACCAGCUCCAGUAGAGGAAGAAGAAGAAGACCCCUUGCCUAACAAGAAAUGGCCAACCGUGGAUGCUUCGUACUAUGGCGGGCGAGGAGUUGGAGGAAUUAAAAGAAUGGAGGUUCGCUGGGGUGAUAAAGGGUCGACCGAAGAAGGCGCCCGACUAGAGAAAGCCAAAAACGCCGUGGUGACAAUCCCUGAGGAAUCGGACGAGCCGUUUCAGCCUAGACCUCCGAGACCCAAGCCUACCUCACUGCCUGCUCAGGAAAAGUGGUACACGCCUAUUAAGGGUCGUCUCGAUGCGCUGUGGGCUUUGCUGAGGCGGCAGUACGACAGAGUAUCUUUGAUGCGACCGCAGCAGGGAGAUGAGGGCCGAUGCAUGAACUUCACCCGAGUUCAGUCUCAGUAAAGGAAGGCAAAGAGGAUGAACAGCCACCACUUCUGCGAUGCAACCAAAGAACGACAACAAAGCACUUAAACAAAAUCCUCAGAACAUCUCCAGCCUCUCAGCCUGGAAUUUUUGCUGCAUUUGAUUCCACCGCAAGCCACCUACUGUUGCACUAAGCUAUGAUGCCCGCCAUUUUCUUCUCAGCUUGUUACCUCAUGCAGUAUUCAUUACCAUAUUGUAUUAUUUAGGAACAUAGGAAGCUGCCGUAUGCCAAGCCAAACCAUUGGUCCAGAGCAUUGUCUACAUUGACUGGCAGAAUUCCAGGUGGGAAUCUCUCCCAGUCUUAACCUGGAGAGAUGCUGGGGACUGAACCUGGAACCUUCUGCAUGCAAAGCAGAUAACUCUGCCAUUAAGCUGUGGCCUAAAGGUGAUGUUAUAAAGCGUGUGCGUCUAGGUUUUCAACGAAAGAUCCACUUCAGGAAUCACAACCGAAUGACCAAUGACAUUGGCUUUUUGUUGUUAUCGUAGCUGAACAAUAUGCACUCGAGCCUUCAUGCGCCUCUAGUGGGAGCUGCCUUGUUCCUUGGACGCGACGACAGCGCACUUGCUACUCAAGUAGGAAACUCUUCGCCACAGGCAGGAGACUCGGAUUCCCACCAGGCUCGGAAAAAUGCAAGAGUUCAUUGCCUCUCAGCCAUGUCAUAUCACGAAAUCCUUCCGAGUCCCACCCCAACCCCCUCCACUGUGCCACCCACUGGAGUGUGCCUUACGGGAACCUUCUGACUGAAAAUCUUGUCACUUUAACACUGAGCAGUGCACAUGCAUGACAAAAUCGUAGACAUGGUGCCUCAAGGUAUUGGUGGCAAGCGAGACUUUGCCCUUUAGUUUCUGAAGACACCUUUCUUUCAUUAUGUACCCAGGACAGGAAGAAAAAUUAAUAGAGCGUUAUUCCACAGGAAGACAGCCUGUAACCAGGGAUCUUGAGCAGAGAUUGAGGGACUGACGCUACCCCAGGCUUUGGCAUUGUGGCCGAUAUUUUUUCCUCUCCGACUCCCCCCCGUUUUUUGCACUCGGCACUCAGUAGCACAUGAAAACAUUAGCCUCUGUAAACAUACCUAGCCAUUCUAGGCUUAUGUGUUGUUGUUAUUGUUACAAGAUUUUUAAAAAAACCAUUGCCACAAUGCUGGUAUCUCAGGGUCCUUUUCUCUCUCCUCUCCAACCCCCACCCCCCACCCCACAAAUCUCCAAGGGCUCUUCAGCGUCACAAGCCAGCAACUCUCUGUGCAUGAGAAUUUCAAAGUUUAAUUAAUAUAAUUAAAGGCAACAGCAAGCAGCAGCCUGUGAAGGUUUUGCUCAUCUUUUUUAUGCCUUUUGACAUUGAAUGACCUAUUACUGUAUGCGCAUUACUCAGUUUUUUGAGGGGGUACCAUGCUGUGGUGGAGAUUCAACACUGGGGCCAAGAAAGGAGGGAGAUGGAAGACGAGGCACCUCCUUUCUUCAGUUUAUAAAUUAAAUGUGCAGGAGUGCCGGCCAUUGGUAAAACGUUGACAAACUAUGUAUUAUUUUUUUUUUUUAAUGGAAAAACCAGUGUUGUGUCACGUCGGCAGUGCCAAAUUAUGUUAGCGUGAGUGGAAGCACUGUGGGGGAGGAAGGAGCCAGCAGCUGAAGAAAAAAGCUCAAAUGAUCCAGUCACUUUCGAUACUGUACUUCAGAUGCAAAAUGGAUAUUCGAGUCGAAACCUGACAAAGUGCGCGUACUUUGAUGGGAACCGGUAUAGACAAUGACCAGUGGCUGGGUCAGUGGGAUGUCUCUCUGCGAGCAGGGAGGCUUAUCAAAUGACACUAAAAAUAAGUUCAACAACCAUCACGUCUGAGGGGAAAAGGCGAACAUUUCACGUUUGGUGGGCAUGCCUGCGCGGAAGACGGGAAAGAGCGAAAGGGAUGCGUGCUGGUCUAAUUAUCCCCUUUGUUGCUUUUCAUUGAAAUCCCAAGGGGCGUGGAAUAAUUCCCCUUGGUUGAUGGCCAAAUUUGCGGCUCUUCCCUAAGCAAGACUCCCGCCACACAAUGUAGCCUCUUGCUUAACAGCUAUUUUUGGCUGGAGAUUGUUGACAUCGCCGGUAGCGUUGCCAACACCCCAUGUGAGCUCGCACGGAUGAAAUCCUUUACCUGAGGUGCUACUACAAGUCAUUUCACUCUUUUUUCUUUAAGCCCUUCUCUCCAGAGCCAGUUCCUUCUUUUCGCUGGGGGGUUACCGCCUUCCUUGGCUUCUGGCUUCAACCAGGAGACCCACCUUCCGAUGUCAUCACA